AUGGCGCUUGGUACAAAAAACUCACAUCCAUGGUUUGAAGUUUUUCAUUCGCGUCCUCGAGCAAAAUAUCAAGUUUUCAUUUUUCCAUCGGCUGGUGCAGCAGGUUAUUACUAUCGCGAAUGGGAUAAAGAAUUUCCUGAGUAUGAAUUCUCAAUCAUAAACUAUCCGGGACGAGCUGAGAGGCUCACUGAAAAGUGUUUAACAACGAUGAAGGAGUUUAUUGAGCAAUUGACAACUGGCCUUUUACCAUUUAUCACAAAACCGUGUAUUUUUAUUGGACAUAGUCUUGGAUCUGCGAUUAGUUACGCAUUAGCACGACAUAUGCUUGAAACGAAGAAUAAGGGAAAUUUUCUGAAGUUAUUAGUAGAACUGGGUCGAGGACCCCCACAUUUAGAAGAUCCCGAUGCUUCAUUUGAAAAGAUGACUGACGCGGAAAUUGUCGAAGAAUUAAAACGCAUUGCUGAUCCAUCAGCACGAGCAAUCUAUGAUUAUCCUGAAUAUGUUCAACUAAUGUUACCAAUGCUACGAGCGGAUUCGAAAGUAGCGGAUGAAUUGUGCGAUCCAAUUCCAUUGGAUAUUCCGAUAAUUGUGUACGGUGGCGAGAAGGAAGAUAAUGUGGAUGAAUCGUUUUUAGGUCGUUGGAAAGAAUUAACAAAUAAAAAAGAUCUCUUUCGUGUUCAAAUGUUUCCUGGUCAUCACAAUUUUCAAUCAGAAUGUCAAACUCAAGUCUUAACUCAUCUCAAAGAAGAUUUUCGCCGACUGCUGACUUAA